UAUUCAUUGUCGGAAUAAAUUUGUAACCAAGUCUAGUGGCUGUCCCGUUCGAGAAUAUUUCAUUCUAAGAAAUAAAACGUUUUGUUUGUUGAAAAUAAAAAUUUUACUCUUACGCUGUUUUUUGUUGAUAUCUGUGGCAAUAGCGUGAGAAGAUCACUUUAAUUCUGGAUAUUUCGGUUGACAUAAAAGAUGGUUUACACCGCGAUGUAGCAGUGGAAUAAUUGUCUGUCGACACUCGACACGAGUGCUUAGGAAAGCGCUCGUUCUACGUGAGAGCUAUAUUUUGAAUUGUAAUACAUAUCCAUAGUUUAAAUCAAUGUGAUGGUUUCGAUGUAAAUACAUAAAAGACCCGAAAAUGAAGUCACUAUCUGUUGUAAUAUGUGCAUGUUUGUGCAUAUUUACCGUUCUGUUGGUUCGCGACACAGUUGCUACGACGUGUAAUUGUUCAAUAGAUUGUGUUUCAUUCAAUUGUACGGCUGGAACGUACUGGGCCAAUGGCGCCGGUUGUUUACAAUGUCCUACGGGCUACUUUUGUGAGGGAGGUGUAAAUGCACCUAAAUUAUGCCCAAAUGGAACUUACUAUGAAUUAACAGGUGCAAAUAGUCCCACAUUGUGUAAGACAUGCAAUCUUAAUACAAGUGUUUCUGCAUGGCCAUCAAGCUGCGCACCUUGUCCAGCUGGUUUUAGUUGUUCUGAAACUGGGCCUCCAAUGCUGUGUGGAAAAGGGAGUUAUUCAAUUAGUGGUAAUGGUUCUUGUCAACAUUGUCCCCCUGGAUAUGUUUGUCCAACUCCAUCAGAACUUCCAAAGGUUUGUCCUGGAGGUUUUCAGCCAAGUUCUGACAGUUCUCAAUGUAUUCCAUGCCCUGCGGGACAGUAUUCUUACAAUAAUAGUAUGCCUUGUGAGGAUUGUGCUAAUGGCACUUACAGUUCACAGGCAUCAAUCACCUGUAUACUUUGUCCAUCUGGAUUCAGUUGUAUGAAUAAAUCUACAGCCCCAGUUCCCUGUAAAACUGGGUGGUAUUCUCCCAGUGGAAAGAUGGCAUGUGAAAUAUGUCCAUUGGGGCACAUGUGUCCUAAUGUAGAGUCAGCAAAUCUUCCUAUUCCUUGCAUUAAUGGAACAUAUUCCAACGUUACUGGCUCAACUGACUGCACAGUUUGUCCUGCUGGUUUUAUGUGUCUUGAUCCUCGUCAUGCUCCUGUCACGUGUUCUGAAGGUUUUUACAGUCCUUUGGGAAUACCGCAAUGUUUUCUUUGUCCCCAAGGUCACAGUUGCGCAGAUAAAUCAAUGUCCCCGGUACCAUGUACCCCAGGAACAUAUUCUGAUACUGGUGAAACUAAAUGUAACGAGUGUGAUAAAGGAUUCAAAUGUCCAUUUGAUAAAAUGCAAUCGCCAAUAAAAUGUUUAAACGGAACAUAUUCUAAUGAAACAAAGUCAACGGAAUGUAAAACGUGUCCAGCUGGGUUUUUGUGUCCAAAUGCUGAUGAAACUCCAGUGAAAUGUGGGGAUGGCUAUUAUAGUCUGGGAUCAGCAUCACAAUGUAUAAUAUGCCCUCGUGGACACAGUUGCUCUGAUAAAUCAGAAUCUCCGGUACCAUGUACCUCAGGAACAUAUUCUGAUACUGGUAAAACUAAAUGUAACGACUGUGAUAAAGGAUUUAAAUGCCCAUUCAAUGAAAUGCAAUCGCCAAUAAAAUGUUUAAAUGGAACAUAUUCUAAUGAAACAAAGUCAACGGAAUGUAAAACGUGUCCAGCUGGGUUUUCGUGUCCAAAUGCUGAUGAAACUCCAGUGAAAUGUGCGGAUGGUUAUUAUAGUCUGGGAUCAGCAUCACAAUGUAUAAUAUGCCCUCGUGGACACAGUUGCUCUGAUAAAUCACAACCUCCGGUACCGUGUACCCCAGGGACAUAUUCUGAUACUGGUAAAACUAAAUGUAACGACUGUGAUAAAGGAUUUAAAUGUCCAUUCAAUGAAAUGCAAUCGCCAAUAAAAUGUUUAAAUGGGACAUAUUCUAAUGAAACAAAGUCAACGGAAUGUAAAACAUGUCCAGCUGGGUUUUCGUGUCCAAAUGCUGAUGAAACUCCAGUGAAAUGUGGGGAUGGUUAUUAUAGUCUGGGAUCAGCAUCACAAUGUAUAAUAUGCCCUCAUGGACACAGUUGCGCUAAUAACUCAAUAUCUCCGAUGCCCUGUACCCAAGGAACAUAUUCUGAUACUGGCGAGACUAAAUGUAACGACUGUGAUAAAGGAUUUAAAUGUCCAUUCAAUAAAAUGCAAUCAGCAAUAAAAUGUUUAAAUGGAACAUAUUCUAAUGAAACAAAGUCAACGGAAUGUAAAACGUGUCCAGCUGGGUUUUCGUGUCCAAAUUCUGAUGAAACUCCAGUGGAAUGUAAGGAUGGCUAUUAUAGUCUGGGAUCAGCAUCACAAUGUAUAAUAUGCCCUCGUGGACACAGUUGCUCUGAUAAAUCACAAUCUCCGGUACCAUGUACCCAAGGAACAUAUUCUGAUACUGGUAAAACUAAAUGUAACGACUGUGAUAAAGGAUUUAAAUGUCCAUUCAAUGAAAUGCAAUCACCAAUAAAAUGUUUAAAUGGAACAUAUUCUAAUGAAACAAAGUCAACGGAAUGUAAAACGUGUCCAGCUGGGUUUUCGUGUCCAAAUGCUGAUGAAACUCCAGUGAAAUGUGCGGAUGGUUAUUAUAGUCUGGGAUCAGUAUCACAAUGUAUAAUAUGCCCUAAUGGACACAGUUGCCUUGAUAACACAAUAUCUCCGGUACCAUGUCCCCAAGGAACGUAUUCUGAUACUGGUGAAACUAAAUGUAACGACUGUGAUAAAGGAUUUAAAUGUCCAUUCAAUAAAAUGCAAUCACCAAUAAAAUGUUUAAAUGGAACAUAUUCUAAUGAAACAAAGUCUACUGAAUGUAAAACGUGUCCAGCUGGGUUUUCGUGUCCAAAUGCUGAUGAAACUCCAGUGAAAUGUGCGGAUGGUUAUUAUAGUCUGGGAUCAGCAUCACAAUGUGUUCUAUGUCCCCGUGGAUACAGUUGCUCAGAUAAAUCUGUGUCCCCGGUGCCAUGUACCCCAGGAACAUAUUCUGACACUGGUGAAACUAAAUGUAACGACUGUGAUAAAGGAUUCAAAUGUCCAUUUGAUAAAAUGCAAUCGCCAAUAAAAUGUUUAAACGGAACAUAUUCUAAUGAAACAAAGUCAACGGAAUGUAAAACGUGUCCAGCUGGGUUUUCGUGUCCAAAUGCUGAUGAAAAUCCAGUGAAAUGUGGAGUUGGCUAUUAUAGUCUGGGAUCAGCAUCACAAUGUAUAAUAUGCCCUCAUGGACACAGUUGCGCUGAUAAAUCACUAUCUCCGGUGCCAUGUACCCCAGGAACAUAUUCUGAUACUGGUAAAACUAAAUGUAACGACUGUGAUAAAGGAUUUAAAUGUCCAUUCAAUGAAAUGCAAUCGCCAAUGAAAUGUUUAAAUGGAACAUAUUCUAAUGAAACAAAGUCAACGGAAUGUAAAACAUGUCCAGCUGGGUUUUCGUGUCCAAAUGCUGAUGAAACUCCAGUGAAAUGUGGGGAUCGUUAUUAUAGUCUGGGAUCAGCAUCACAAUGUAUAAUAUGCCCUCAUGGACACAGUUGCGCUAAUAACUCAAUAUCUCCGAUGCCGUGUACCCCAGGAACAUAUUCUGAUACUGGCGAAACUAAAUGUAACGACUGUGAUAAAGGAUUCAAAUGUCCAUUCAAUAAAAUGCAAUCACCAAUAAAAUGUUUAAAUGGAACAUAUUCUAAUGAAACAAAGUCGAGGGAAUGUAAAACGUGUCCAGCUGGGUUUUCGUGUCCGAAUGCUGAUGAAACUCCAGUGACAUGUGCGGUUGGCUAUUAUAGUCUGGGAUCAGCAUCACAAUGUAUAAUAUGCCCUCAUGGACACCGUUGCGCAGAUAACUCAAUAUCUCCGGUGCCAUGUACCCUAGGAACAUAUUCUAAUACUGGUGAAACUAAAUGUAACGACUGUGACAAAGGAUUUAAAUGCCCAUUCAAUAAAUUGCAAUCACCAAUAAAAUGUUUAAAUGGAACAUAUUCUAAUGAAACAAAGUCAACGGAAUGUAAAACGUGUCCAGCUGGGUUUUCGUGUCCAAAUGCUGAUGAAACUCCAGUGACAUGUGCGGUUGGCUAUUAUAGUCUGGGAUCAGCAUCACAAUGUAUAAUAUGCCCUCAUGGACACAGUUGCGCGGACAAAUCACUAUCUCCUGUGCCAUGUACCCCAGGAACGUAUUCUAAUACUGGUGAAACUAAAUGUAACGACUGUGAUAAAGGAUUUAAAUGUCCACUGAAUAAAAUGAAAUCACCAAUAAAAUGUUUAAAUGGAACAUAUUCUAAUGAAACAAAGUCAACGGAAUGUAAAACGUGUCCAGCUGGGUUUUCGUGUCCAAAUGCUGAUGAAACUCCAGUGAAAUGUGCGGAUGGUUAUUAUAGUCUGGGAUCAGCAUCACAAUGUAUAAUAUGCCCUCGUGGACACAGUUGCGCUGAUAGAUCACAAUACCCGGUACCAUGUACCCCAGGAACAUAUUCUGAUACUGGUGAAAGUAAAUGUAACGACUGUAAUAAAGGAUUUAAAUGUCCAUUUAAUGAAAUGCAAUCGCCAAUGAAAUGUUUAAAUGGAACAUAUUCUAAUGGAACAAAGUCAACGGAAUGUAAAACAUGUCCAGCUGGGUUCUCGUGUCCAAAUGCUGAUGAAACUCCAGUGGAAUGUAAGGAUGGCUAUUAUAGUCUGGGAUCAGCAUCACAAUGUAUAAUAUGCUCUCAUGGACACAGUUGUUCCAACAAAUCAGCUCCACCGAGUCCAUGCCAACCAGGUGAAUUUUCAACAUCUGGUAGCACUCAUUGUGAAGAAUGUAGUAAAGGAUUUAUGUGUCCGGACCCGAAAAUGCAUUCUCCUUUACCUUGUGUAAACGGAACAUUUGCAAAUGAAACAAAAUCCAUCACAUGUAAAAUCUGUCCGGUUGGAAACACGUGUCUGGAUCCCAGGGAGACCCCAAAGAAAUGUGAAGCAGGAUAUUUUAGUGCUGGCGGAAUAACACGUUGCGAAAUAUGCCCUACUGGAUACAGAUGCAUUGACGGCUCUGCUCCAGAAAAAUGCAAGAAUGGUAGUUUUGCUAAAUCUGGUGCAACGUCUUGUAAAGAAUGCCCAAUUGGUUUCCAAUGCCCACAAGAUGGAAUGGGAGCGCCAAUUUCGUGUGGCAAUGGUACAUACGCUAACAAAACUGGUUCAUCAGAUUGUACAACCUGUCCAGCAGGUUAUUAUUGUGGCGAUCCACGCUUGACACCCACGCCAUGUAACGAUGGAUUUUAUAGUGGUGACGGUGCUGUUUACUGUUUGGAAUGUCCUGCUGGAUUCAGCUGCGAGCAAAAAGAUAACCCUGUGACCUGCAAGCAUGGAUUUUAUUCAAAAUCGGGUCAGAAGAAUUGCGAAGAAUGUCCUGUUGGUACUUAUUGCCCCCUGCUGAGUACAGAAUCGCCCUGGCCAUGUCCAAAAGGAUUUUACAGUAUCCAAAAUACAUCAAAAGAAUGUAUGGAGUGCGAACGAGGUUACAGAUGUCCUAAUCCGUCGGAGUCACCAAUUCCAUGUAAUGCUGGUUAUUACAUUGACGUGAGGGGUUCAACUGUAUGUCAAAGUUGUCCACCGGGAUUUUACAACACCAAACAAAGUCAGUCCCAGUGUGAAAGUUGUCCCGCAGGAUCACGCUGUCCAAAUAGAACUCAAGGACCCAUUCCUUGUUCCCCCGGACAGUACUCACCUGAAGCUUCCGAGGAAUGCUUUUCCUGUCCAGUUGGUUUCGCAUGUACUUCACCUGACGUCGAACCGAAAUUUUGCCAGGCUGGUGAAUUCAGUAAUGUUACAUCGUGUGUUGGUUGUUACAAAGGACAUUAUUGCCCAAGCAUGACUAUCCAACCUCUUUCCUGUGUUCAUGGUACAUAUUCAGAUAGAAGAGGAGCUGUGACAUGUGAUAUAUGUCCGCCAGGAUACUCGUGUCAUAAUGCUUCUGAUCCUCCCAAAGAAUGUAAUAAAGGAGAGUAUAGUAUUGCCGGGGAUGCAACCUGUAAGGAUUGUGCACGUGGUUAUUACAGCUUUGCACGUGCAAGCGUUUGUCUGCCUUGUCCUGCUGGACAAAAAUGUCGCGUCGCCUCUACAAUAAUCUCGCCUGUAGAUUGCCCGGCUGGUACUUUUAGCAGGGAAGGAGAAGAUUUUUGUAAAACAUGUCUGAGUGGAACGUGGAGUGGUAAUGCAUCAUCUACAUGUCUACCUUGCUCUGCUGGGUAUAGUUGUGAUGAUCCUUCUCACCCAAGUAUUUGCCCAUCUGGAACAUAUUGGAGCAAUGUAGGAACUAUUCCUAAAUGUGUAUCGUGUCCAGCUGGAUACGAGUGUACCAAUGCCACCCAACCUCCAGUACCUUGCGAACCAGGCUACUAUUCGCUUGAAGGGAAUUCCUCGUGUAAAGUAUGCUCUUCCGGUGAGGCAUGUCCAGACCCCGCCAGUCUACCAAUACACUGUCCGAUAGGAACUUACAGUAUUUUGGGUUCUACGUCGUGUGCUGAGUGCCCUGCAGGUUACAGUUGUCCCAAAGCAAGUGCUAGUAUCGCCUCUUGCUCAGAAGGUUCAUAUUCUCUGCUCGGUGUUGCUAACUGUACAGUUUGUCCCGCUGGUUAUGCAUGCCCAACGACUACAGAAAUUCCAUUCAAGUGUCAGCUAGGCCAAACAACCAAUGGCAAGAAAGGAUCGACAAAUUGUACAAACUGUCCUGCUGGGUUCCAAUGUCAACAGCCAGAGAGUGCAAUGGAAGAGUGCAAUGCAGGUUUUUACAGUCUUGGGUCUUCAGUGAAAUGUUCUAUCUGCCCUGCAGGCAGCAAAUGUCCUGCUAAAAAUAAACAACCAGAAAACUGCAAUCCAGGAGAAUACAGUUUGAGUGGCUGGGAGAAUUGCACAUCCUGUCCACCUGGUAGAGCUUGCCCAUCUGUAGCAGAAUCUGACAACUUUUUGUGUCGCAAAGGAACGUAUUCAAUAGGAAGUGCUCAAUAUUGUACAAUAUGUCCAGCUGGUAAAUACUGCCCUUCAAUCACCAAUGCAACUGAGAUACCCUGUCCUUCUGGAAUGUAUUCAUUUGGUGGGGCUGAUGCUUGUCUUGCAUGUCCUAGUGGAUGGAAAUGUUCGGCAAAGGAUGGGUCUGGCAAUGCUAGGUGUUUGCCUGGUACAUACUCUAUGGGUAACCAGACUGCAUGUACAGAUUGUCCAGCGGGAUAUGCCUGCACUUCCAUUUAUACAAGUGACAAAACGAAAUGUGAACCUGGGACAUAUUCUGGUGGGAAACAGACGAUGUGCACAGUUUGUCAGCCAGGUUUCAGGUGUCCAGACACAGAUAAGAAGAAUAUGAUUGCAUGUAAAGAUGGUAGUUAUAGUAUCGGUGGUAAACAAAACUGUACAGAAUGUCCCGCUGGUUUUGCUUGUCCAUCAAAAACAGAUGAUCUUCUAAUACCUUGCUAUCCAGGAAGUUACACGUUAAAUAAAGCUAGGACUUGCACAGAAUGUCCAGCUGGUAACUUUUGUCCUAAUGUUUCAUCUGCUCCAAUUCCCUGCGCUAAAGGCUCUUACUCACUUGGCUGGUUAACGAAAUGUAGGGAAUGUCCAGCUGGAUUUUACUGUGAUGUAGUUGAUUCGUCACCUAAACCGUGCCCACCUGGAAAGUAUAGCAACGCAUCUGCAAUUGUUUGCUCAGAUUGUAGCCCGGGUUAUGUUUGUGCGGAGGGAAGCAGAUCUGAUAAACCAGGUGCUGGUAUGUGUCCAAGUGGCUAUUUUUGCCCUGAUGGUUUAAAGAAAGAACCCUGUCCAGCUGGGACAUUUGGAAAUACAAGCCUGGCUAAAUCCAAAGAAGAGGGUUGUCACUCAUGCCCUCCAGGUUUCUUCUGCCCUGCAGGAACCUCUGGAUAUCCAACUAUGUCCGUCCGAUGUCCUCCUGGGCAUUAUUGUCUGCUGGAAACGAAAACCCAAUUCCAGUCCCCUUGUCCAGAUGGCACGUACAAUAACAGAUGGGGAUUGGAAAGAGAAAAUCAAUGUGAACAGUGUAAUGCUGGAUACACAUGUACAGGAGGGGAUUCUAGCGGUGAUAAGUUAUGUCCACGUGGCCAUUAUUGUCUUCGUGCAAAUACGUCAUGCCCCACUGGACAAGGAACUGGAACUAAGAAUAUUUCUCCCUGCAAAUGUCCUGCUGGAAAAUUCACUGAACAGGAAGGGGCCACAAGUUCAUCUCAAUGCAAGACAUGCCCAGUCGGUUAUUAUUGUGUAAGUGGAACUGCUGAACCUCAAGCUUGCCCUCCUGGAACAUUCAACAACUUGCCUGGACAGUCAGCCCUAGUAGAUUGCAGGCCUUGCUUUUCAGGCAUGGCGUGUCCUCUCUCUGCGCAAUCAUGGCCAACGUUGACAUGUAACGCGGGUUAUUACUGUCCAUCAGGAUCAUCCAGCCCAAACGCUACAUUAAACGCAUGUCCUGCUGGAACAUACACUGACUAUCAUAAUUUAACUCAUUCCCGAGAGUGUACACCAUGUCCUGCUGGCCAAGCCUGUGAAGCUGGGACUGGGGGAAAGCAAAAACCUCCCCAACUUUGUGCUAGAGGUCAUUAUUGUCCUAUGGGUACUAGAAAACCCACACAGUUCCCGUGUGUGGCAGGUUCGUGGGGCAACCUCACGAAUCUUGAAAAGCAAGCCGACUGUUAUCAAUGUCCCAAAGGCUGGUACUGUCUUGAAGGAAGUGAUAAACCUACUGAUCUUUGUGAAACUGGACAUUUUUGUCCAAGAGGCACUCGUUAUGGUACGGAGUUUCCCUGUUCUGCUGGGACAUUUUCAAAUCGCACUGGCAAUGUCAGAUGGGAAGUCUGUGAAGACUGUCCUGAAGGUCACUACUGUCCAGCUGGAACAUCUGUCCCUAAGAAAUGCUCAAGAGGAACAUACUUUGAUGUAACUAAAGCAAAGACUGCUCAAGAGUGUAAAACAUGUCUGGCUGGUUAUGUAUGUGCUGAGCCAGGAACAAUCUAUCCUGAAAAAUGUGAGAGAGGAAAUUACUCUUCACCAGGAGCCUACGUUUGCAGUAAUUGCGAAGCAGGUUUUUAUUGUGCUGAUGAGGCAACUAGUCGUGUCGUUAUGUUGAAUACAAUGAUCUGCCCAGCCGGUAUGCAUUGUCCAUCAGGCAGUCAACGUGCACCAGAUCUGGUCGCAAAUGCUUGCAAGAAAGGACAUUAUUGUUUGAGAGGAGAUGAGAAUGCGUAUCCAGUACCGUGUCCCAAUGGAACGUUCAAUGCUUUCACUGGUCGAAAACAUGUUGGAGAUUGUCAAAGUUGUCCACAAGGAUUCUUCUGUGAAGGAAAAGGCUUAGAAGACGUUGAUGGACCGUGCCCAUCUGGCCACUACUGUCCGCCUAGAACGGCUAAUAGAUAUUCUUUUCCCUGUCAAAUUGGUUUCUAUCGAAACGCUUCUUCUGCGAUAUCAGAAAUGGAUUGUUCAGUUUGUUAUGCGGGAUAUUAUUGUGACAGCACAGGACUGCCGUUACCCAAACCUUGCCCUGUUGGUUAUUUCUGUCCUACUGGCACAACAAUUCCUCAACCUUGUCCUAAUGGUUACUAUGGUAAUUCAUCACACGUGAAGAGAAGCGUGGAUUGUGCACCAUGUCCGGCGGGAGAAUUUUGUGCUGGAUUUGGUUUAACGGAACCAACUGGGCUUUGUGACGCUGGCUUUUAUUGCAAAGGGAAGGCUUUUACCUCGGCUCCGCCAGAUGGUCCUACCGGAGGUCUAUGCCCCGCAGGUGGCUUUUGCCCAGAGGGAGCGAAAACCCCACAAUCAUGCCCCGUAGGGACUUACAGAAAAUCACCAGGAGCUAGUUCAGCAGCAGAUUGCCAAGCUUGUGAUCCUGGAUAUUACUGCGCAGGAGAUACAAAUCCGGAAACAACAGGGAAGUGUGCUGCAGGAUAUUUUUGCACUGGUUCGUCAUCAACACCUACACAACAUCCAGCUGAAGAAGGCCAUUAUGCUAAGGAAGGGUCCGCCUACAUGGUGAAAUGCCCUGUUGGGACCUAUCAAGAGUCUGACCGUAUGGAUAAAUGUGAUACCUGUCUCCCAACGUUUUUUUGUAAUGAAACUGGACUUGUCAAAGCCCAUCUAUGUCCAACUGGACAUUAUUGUCCUGGCAAUAGUACAUUACCUACACCAUGUCCUGCGGGGACAUACAACGGUGAUAUAGCUCAAGAAUCAGAAACUUCUUGUAAACCGUGCAUGGGGGGUAAAUAUUGUAGCCGACAGGGACUUGCGAACUACGAAGGCGAUUGUUACGCAGGAUAUUUCUGUAUACAGGGAUCACCAUAUCCAAAUCCUGGAAACCUAACAAACGGGCUAUUGGAUGGUAAUUUCUCUUAUUAUGCCGGAGUUUGUCCUGCGGGGUAUUACUGCCGUGCGGGAACCGUUCGCCCUUACGACCACCCAUGUGAGAAUGGAACAUAUAAUGCCUAUGCUGGAGGAAAAAAGCCCGGGGAUUGUAAGCCGUGUGAUGGUGGUCGAGUUUGUAAUGGAAAAGGUCUUAGUGCUCCAAAUGGAGAAUGUCGUGCUGGUUGGUACUGUAAAAGUGGCGCAAAAUCACCAAUGCCAGUUGAUUCUUCCACUGGCGGUCAGUGUACUAAAGGCCAUUACUGUCCAAAUGGCACUAGCGAACCUAAGCAAUGUCAACUAGGAACGUACAGUAAUGUAACUGGUCUAGCAGAAUGUGUCGUUUGCCCAGAGGGAUCAUAUUGCAUUGAUGGUCAGAAUCCUGUACCUUGUCCCGAAGGUCAUUAUUGUCCAGCAGGUUCUCAUAAUAGUAACUGGAGGAAAUGUCCUCCUGGAACAUGGAAUCCUUCUAAAGGACUUGGUCGCGAAGAUCAGUGUCUGAAAUGUAAACCUGGUAGAUAUUGUCAGAAUUAUGGAGUAAUAGACUUCUCGUCAGGAAAUGGUAGUGGUUUAUGUCACUAUGGUUACUACUGUAAAAGUGGUGUCAACACUCCUACGCCAAGUGCGAAUUUCACUGGUAUUGGAGGGUUGUGUCCUACGGGAAUGUAUUGCAUAGAAGGGACUGCGGAUCCUAUCGGUUGUCCUGCUGGAACUUUCUCUAACGUAAAAGGAUUGAGAAACGUGUCUGAGUGUCAGCUGUGUUCUUAUGGACAAUAUUGUGGUCAAAAGAAUUUGACAUCUCCUUCAGGUGACUGCUACGCGGGAUUUUACUGUCUUCGUGGUUCUUCAUCACCCAAUCCUGCUGUUGUGACAUCUUCAGGCGGUCCAUGUCCACCGGCUCAUUUUUGCAAAAAUGGCACUUCGCAUCCGAAAGGCUGUCGAGCGGGAACGUACAAUCCAAAUACUGGAGAAAAAGAUUGCUUUGAAUGCAGGGAAGGUUAUUACUGCCCAGAGAACUCAACAGAUUUCACGCCGUACGAAUGUCCUGAAGGUCAUUAUUGUCCAAACGGUACCAAGAAUAAGUACGAAUUUCCAUGUCCAAAAGGAUAUUUUAAUAACAGAACAAUGGCUAAAAGCAUAUCAGACUGCACACCAUGUACACCUGGAUAUUACUGUAAACAAUCGGGCUUAACUCGUCCAUCGGCAAAAUGUGCUGCUGGGUGGUAUUGUGUUAGUAAAGCAUAUAUUGAUAAACCGAUGGACUUAGAUAACUUUACUUCUGGUGACUGUGUUUGCCCAAGUAAUGCCACUGGUGGCGAAUGCCCUCCCGGACAUUAUUGCCCAGAAGGCAGUGAUUUACCAAUACCGUGCACAGGUGGAUAUUACUGUGGAGGAACUCGAAAUACUAAUGUGACAGAUGUCUGUAGUCCUGGAUAUUAUUGCACAAAAGGGGCAUGGAAACCUAAGCCUGAUGAUGGUGUAACUGGCGAUAUAUGUCCACCGGGAAGGUACUGCCCUAAACAAACAUACAUACCAGAGAAAUGCAAGAAGGGAACUUUUUCAAACAGUACUGGAAACUUUAGAGAAGACCAGUGUCAAAAUUGCACAGCUGGCUCAUAUUGUAAAGACCAAGGUUUAAGUGCUACAAGUGGACUAUGCUCUCCCGGGUUUUAUUGCCCUCCAGGUCAAUUCUCAAAAAUGGCAUAUCAAUGCUUUCCUGGUCACUACUGUGAAGAAGGAAGUCCCUGGCCAACGAAAUGUUCGUCGGGAUCUUAUCAAGACGAAACGCAACAAACCAAAUGUAAACCAUGUCCUAGUGGAUAUUACUGUGACUUCAAGGAUGAUCUCAGUGAUUUCUCCUCCUAUAAAUGUCCACGAGGAUAUUACUGUCCUAAUGGAACAAGAUUUGCUAAAGAAUUCGGCUGUGCCAAUGGAACCUAUGGCAAUAACUCACAACUUACUUCUUCUGAUCAAUGCUUGCCGUGUCCACCUGGAAAAUAUUGUAAAGGUUCGUCACAUACAUUUACUGGAGAUUGCUUAGCUGGAUUUUACUGCAUUCGAGGAAGUUCUACUAAGACACCAACAGACAACGUUACUGGCCAAGCUUGUCCAAAAGGAAAGUACUGUUUAGAAGGAACUGAAGCCCCAGACAACUGUCCUCCUGGUACUUUCGCUAAUAUAACUGGUCUUAAAGCAAGAAGUGAUUGUUUACCAUGCACUGAAGGAAUGUAUUGUGAUCGUCCUGGAUUAGUAAAGCCUUAUGGCAAAUGUUCUGCAAGAUAUUUUUGUAGAGGAGGGUCUCUCAGUGCAACACCUAAUGAUACUAAUACUGGUGGUGUAUGUAUACCAGGUCAUUAUUGUCCUGAAGGAUCACCUCAACCACUGCCAUGUCAGGAUGGAACAUUCAACAAGGAUUAUCUUCAAAAAGAAUGUCAGAUAUGUCCUGAAGGCUUUUAUUGUGUUGGAGAUAAAAGCCAAGAUCCUGUUUCGUGUCCUGUUGGAUUUUACUGUACUAAUGGUACUGGUUAUGACUGGGCACCUUGCCCUAGAGGAACAUACAGCACGUCACUUGGGCUCAAGAAACAAUCUGAAUGUCGACAGUGUGAUGGUGGUAAGUACUGUGGAUCUCCUAAUGCGUCAAGUGUAUCUGGAGUAUGCGACGCUGGUUAUUAUUGUACUGAAGGAUCAGAUAUUCCAAAUCCAGAGGUAACCUUUACUGGAGUGGCUGGCCCAUGCCCAGCUGGUAGUUACUGUCCAAAGAAUACAACAUCGCCAUUACCUUGCCCACUGGGAACGUAUUCAAAUAAAACGCGAUUAAUAUCUUCUGGUCAAUGUGAAAAGUGUUGGUUUGGAUAUUACUGCGGUCAAACUGGUUUGACCAACUACUCUACACUUUGUGAUCCAGGCUUCUAUUGUGAACGCGGAGCAAAAGUAAGAAAUCCAGAUGGCAGUGAUGAGACUGGAGGACCGUGUCCUAGAGGAAGUUUUUGUCCGCUUGGUACUGGACAUCCCAAAGGUUGCCCGCCUGGCGAAUUCACCAAUCAAACUGGUCAAUCUUCAUGUCAAAAAUGUUGUUCUGGACAUUAUUGUGAUGGUAAUUCAUCAGUAUGUGACAAACCAUGCCCUGCAGGGUAUUAUUGCCCAGAGGGAACAAAGUACGCUAGACAAUUCCCCUGCCCACGUGGGUACUUCAACAACAAAUCUCGUGGUGUUGACGUCAGUGACUGUGAGUUAUGCCCACCAGGGAAGUUCUGUAGUCCUGCAGGAAGAGACAGACCUAGUGGUGAAUGUGAUGGUGGUUGGUACUGCCUUCGUGGAGCAUGGUCAAAACAGCCUGUACAUGUUGGUAAUUGUUUAUCAAAUACCACGUCUUGUUACUGCCCAAACACAACAACUGGUGGAGAAUGUCAGCCAGGAGAAUAUUGCCCUCCUGGUUCACCACAACCAACACCGUGCAAAUCAGGUUAUUUCUGUGAAACACCAGGCUUAUCAAACGUUACUGGGCCGUGUGAUGCAGGUUAUUAUUGUUUGGCUGGGGCAAAAGUAUCAAACCCUCGUGAUAAUAUCACCGGAAAUGUCUGCCAUCAAGGUCAUUAUUGCCCUAUCGGAACACCCUUUCCAGUGAAAUGUCCUGUUGGAACAUUCUCUAAUUCAUUACGAAAUCAGAACGUCAGCGACUGCCAACCUUGCACGGAAGGCAGUUACUGUGGUACAGGGGGAUUAGUAUCGCCGACCGGGGAAUGUGAUCGUGGUUAUUAUUGUCCUCCUGGGCAGUUUUCUAAACGACCUGCAAAGUUCAAAUGCACACCUGGUCAUUAUUGCCCUAAUGGAAGCUCUGUGGAACGUCCGUGUGAGUCAGGCAGCUAUCAAGAUGAAUAUGGUCAAUGGAAAUGUAAAGAAUGCCCAGCAGGGUUUUACUGUGAUGCUACAAUACUUAAUGUUACUCAGUGUAUACAUGGUGUUCAACUCCCUAGACCUUGUCCACAGGGGUACUACUGUCCUAAUGGUACAGCAGAAUAUUUCACCUAUGGCUGUCCAAAUGGAACAUAUAGCAACAAAACUCACUUAAAGAGCAGUGAUGAGUGUACUCCAUGUCCCUCAGGAAGAUAUUGUUCUGGAACAUCGAAUAAGAUCUGGGAUGGUUAUUGUGAAGCUGGUUAUUGGUGUAUACAGGGAGCUAGUCACAAAGCACCAACUGAUGGUCAUUCUGGUCGUCGAUGCUCUCCCGGAUACUACUGCCCAGCUGGUACUGUAGUCGAAAAGCCGUGCCCUAUUGGAACAUUUUCUCCUGUACAAGGUUUAAAGUCAUCUUCAGAAUGCAAGCCGUGUUCACCUGGACACUACUGUCAACAACAUGGUCUUAAUGAUACAUCAGGAAAUUGCUCUGCUGGCUUUUACUGCAAAGGAAAUGCCACGAGCUCAACACCGGUGGAUGGGGUUACAGGUGACGAGUGUACAAUCGGUCAUUAUUGUCCAUCAGGAAGCAGUCUUCCAAAGCCAUGUGAACCAGGAUAUUACAUGAAUCAUUCCCAGUCCGCUGAAUGUGAUCCUUGUCCCGCGCGGUAUUUCUGUACUAAUCAAGUAAAACCAGUGCCGUGUACACCAGGUUUCUACUGUCCCGAGAGAACUGGAUUCGAUCUUCAGCCUUGUUCAACUGGAACAUUCAGUAACAGUUUCUACCUCUCGUUGCCUCAAGAAUGUAAUCCGUGUUCAUCAGGUUUUUACUGUGACGCUCUUAACAGCACAACUCCAAAUGGCCCGUGUCAUGGUGGAUUUUACUGCAGAAAUGGUUCUGACUCACCAACACCAUCUGGUGGAAAUAAAGGUGAUGCUGGAAUAUGCCCGGAAGGUCAUUAUUGCCCGAAAGGCGACGCUUUGUCACCUAGAGCUUGUCCAAUGGGAACAUUUAAUAACCUCACCCAUCGUUCAGAUGUCAAAGAAUGUGCAAAAUGUCUAGAAGGGCAUUAUUGCGGAAAACCUGCCUUAAGCUGGCCCUCAGGUAAAUGUUAUCCUGGUUAUUACUGCAAGAAAGGUUCCUCGUCGCCAAACCCCUCUAAUGUAUCCGAAACUGGAGGACCAUGUCCAAAAGGUUAUCGCUGUCCAAAUGGAACGAUCACCCCAAUACCUUGUAAACCUGGAACAUAUAACCCGCUAUCACGGCAGGACACUUGCUUACCAUGUCCUGCUGGAUAUUUCUGUCCAAAUGCUUCAUACGAAUACACCCGAUGCCCACGUGGAUACUUCUGCCCAAACAGCAGUGGCCAUGCAGAACCGUGCCCAAUAGGCACGUACAAAAAUUAUUCACAUGGAAAUGAUGUCAGUACUUGUAAGAUGUGUCCUCCUGGAGAGUUUUGUCCUAUUGCCGGCCAAGCUGAACCUCGUGGCCUCUGUGCCGCAGGAUGGUAUUGUCGUGGAGGAUCUUGGGAGGAUAAACCAUUAAAUGGAUCAAUUUUUGCGAAUUACAGUGCAUGUCCUUUGUUAGGUGAGACUGGAGGGUUUUGUGCUAAAGGAACAUUCUGUCCACCAGGAAGUGAUCAACCUAAGCCAUGUACACCAGGCUAUUAUUGUGAUGAAGAUUAUCUCGAUAAAGAAUCUGGACUGUGUUCUCCAGGUUACUAUUGUAAUGGCAGUACUGUAAAUCGUAAACCAACUGGUCAGGAUAAUGGAGGAAUUUGUGAACCUGGGUAUUAUUGUCCUGAAGGAAGUUCAUACCAAAAUCCUUGUUGGCCUGGAACAUAUGCACCUAGAUAUGAAAAUCAACGACGUAAUAACUGUCGAGCAUGUGAUGCAGGGAAAUAUUGUGGAUCAUAUGCACUUUAUAAACCUGAAGGUAACUGUUCUAAGGGAUAUUAUUGCCCUGCUGGAGAGGUAUUGAAGAGUCCACCAGAUAAGGAAUGUCAACCUGGACACUUCUGUCCUGAAGGAGCUGGAACUCAUGAGCCUUGUCCACCAGGUUAUUAUCAACCAUACAAAGGUAUGGGAAUUUGUUAUAUCUGCCCUGAAGGUAGUUAUUGUGAUCCUGCUGAUGCCAGAGCUAACUUAUCCAGUGGUAUCAAUUCUUCAACCCACGGAGUGAUUUAUCCACUUGAUUGCCCUCGUGGCUACUAUUGCCCUAAUGGAACUCGCACUAAAUUCCAAUUCCCAUGUCCACUCGGUACCUUUGGAAAUAGAAGUAAGCUAACAACUGUUGAUGAAUGCGAACCUUGUUUGAAAGGGCACUAUUGUAAAAAAUCUGGUAUAACUGAACCAAGUGGAGUUUGUUACGAAGGAUAUUACUGUACUAUCAAAGCAACAUUACCAAAUGAUAAUGUAACAACAAAUGAAGGAGGACCAUGCCCGCCCGGACAUUAUUGCAAUGUAGGUUCGCAUAAACCUGAACCGUGCCCAAGUGGUACCUACACGCCAUUGUCAAAACAGGGAAGAUUGUCAAACUGUCUAGAUUGUCCUGGUGGUAAAUAUUGCUCUAACCCUGGUCAGGCUAUCUAUAAUGGUAGUUGUUAUCCCGGAUAUUAUUGUUCUGGUCGAUCGCUUAAACCUAACCCAGUCAAUGAAAGUUAUGGCGAUAUAUGUCCACGUGGCAGUUAUUGUCCUCUUGGUAAUGCUUCACCACUGAAGUGUCCUCCUGGUACAUUCAACAAUCUUACCAGCGCCUCCAAGCCAACAUUCUGUCUACCAUGUACACCUGGUAAAUAUUGUGAAGGAUACGGCUUGAUUUCACCUUCAGGUGAUUGUCAUCCCGGUUGGUACUGCAGUAGAGGGGCACAUAGUAAAAAGCCUACCCUACUUUCUGAUCUUGUUUACAACAAUUCCUUGGACUUCACUUGCCCUGCCUAUUUGGUUAAUCAAACUGGAAAUAUUUGUCCUGUUAGCAGUUUUUGCCCUGAAGGUUCAGCUAAACCACGGCUGUGUCUACCAGGAAUGUUCUGUGACACAGAGGGUCUUUCAUACCCGUCGGGUAAUUGUACCGAAGGUUUUUAUUGCGCGCUUGGGUCGAACUCAUCAAACCCUGUCGUGUGUGAAGCCGGGCAUUAUUGCCCUACUGGAACUCCACGUCAAGAGCCCUGUCCACCUGGGACAUUUAACCCUGAUACGAACAAGGCCUCUCUAGCAGAUUGUCAAAACUGUACUGAAGGUUACUACUGUCCAGGACCAGCUGAGACCAAAGUAACAUUUAAAUGUAUGCAAGGAUAUUAUUGCCCAUCAGGCUCGAUCCAUAACGAUACGAUCCAAUGUAAGUUGGGACAUCGCUGCGAAAGUGGUAGUCCUCGACCUGAGCCGUGUCCAGCAGGAGAAUAUCAAAACGAACAAGGACAAUAUAAAUGUAAAGAAUGUCCUGAAGGCUUCUAUUGUCCUGCUGAUGGUGUUAUAGUCCCUUCAAACUGUACUGCAGGUAAUUAUUGUCCACCUGGCACAAGAUCAGAAAGACAAUACCAAUGUCCACCCGGAACAUUCAGUAAUAAAGUUGGCCUGAUAUCUAAAUCUCAAUGUGAUCCAUGUUCCCCUGGAAAGUUCUGUUCAGGAUAUGGCAAUAUCAAACCAACUGGAGAUUGUGCUGCAGGAUAUUAUUGCAAGCAAAAUGCUUCUAAUAUCACUCCUGAAGAUGGCAUAACUGGAGGACCGUGUCGCCGAGGCAAAUACUGUCCUGCUGGUUCAGUGGAAGGAGAAAAUUGUCCUAAAGGAACAUUUAAUAACAAAACAGGUCAAGAGAAUGUAACGAACUGCCAGCCAUGUCUGCCUGGAUACUAUUGUCCAACGAAAGGAAUUGUCGUGCCUACACUAAAGUGCACCGCUGGUUACUGGUGCAAAACGGGCUCACAUAUUCCAACACCGAACGAUCCCUCCUAUGGUGUCCGCUGCCCUAAUGGUAGCUACUGUCCUGUGGGCACACCUAGGCCUAUAGAUUGUCCUGCAGGUUCCUAUCAGCCAGAUAUUGGUAAAACCAGUUUCAGUGAUUGUAUUCCGUGUGAUCCAGGAAAGUAUUGUGAAAGAUCAGGUCUUAACGCUGUUACUGGAUCCUGCAACCGAGGAUUCUUCUGUAUUUCAAAUGCUACGACAAACGAACCGAGGGAUGGAAUAUCCGGUAAUAUUUGUCCGGUGGGCCAUUUUUGUGUUGAACAGACAUCACAGCCAUCUAUUUGUCCUAAUGCAACUUUCAUGAAUCACACAGGGGCUAGUAGUUGUUACCGCUGUCCAGAAGGAUAUCACUGUACGACGGGCUCAAAGGCAGAUAUAUGUCCUGCUGGUUCCUACUGUCCUGAGGGUACAGGUUUUGAUACUCAACCGUGUCCUGUGGGGACAUUUGGUGAAAGAGCUGGAUUAGUUAAAGUUGAUCAAUGUACCGACUGUACUUCUGGUCAUUACUGUCAGUUUUCUGGUAAAUCAAAUGUCACUGGACCCUGUGAUGGUGGAUAUUUUUGUAAAGUUGGAGUUAACACUUCAACGCCAUCCUCAACAAAUACUGGUGAUGGAGGAAUAUGUUACCCUGGCCAUGAAUGUCCAGUUGGAACAGGAAAUCCCUCUCCCUGUAAACAGGGGUAUUAUGCUCCCUUGCCGAUGAUGAAAAGUUGUAUGAUCUGCCCUGAAGGAAAAUAUUGCAAUGGUACAACAAUAGUACCAGCUGACUGUCCGGCCGGAAGUUAUUGUCCAAAUGGCACUAUGUUUGCGACACACUACCUUUGUCCAUCGGGUACGUUUAACAACAGGACGUCGCAAACACAUCCGAGUUCCUGUCAACAAUGUUGGCCUGGAUAUUAUUGUGGUGGCGAAGGAUUGAUUGAACCCAGUGGUGUUUGCGAUCCUGGUUUCUAUUGUGCUGGUGGUGCUUCAAUGAAACGUCCUGGUGACUUUGGUAUUCUUGAUCUUAGUGCGGCUAACGUUUCCUGUUAUUCCCAGUGUGUUUGUCCAGCCUUGAACACUACCACAGGUGGUAUUUGUCCAAUCGGAUUCUAUUGCCCCAAAGCAUCGACAAAACCCCUUCGUUGUAAGAUUGGUAUGUAUUGUGCUAAUGCCGGCCUUGAUAAGCCCACUGGUAACUGCACUUCUGGCUAUUAUUGUAAUGACACCUCCACUGUUCCUGACCAAUACGAGUGUCCAAUGGGACAUUUUUGUCCUGAAGGUACCGGGGUACCUGUGCCUUGUCCAGCUGGCACAUUUUCUAAUACCACUAAAAACACGAAGCGAGAGGAUUGUCAACAAUGUGAAGGUGGUUAUUAUUGUGCUGGAACAAGGAACAUUAAUCCAACUGACAAAUGCGCUGCAAAAUACUUUUGCCCUGGCGGUCAGAGUGACAAAUCACCAGUUGAAUUUAUAUGCACUGCUGGUCAUUAUUGUCCACGUGGUUCGAUAGGAGCGCAGUCUUGCUGGAAUGGUUCAUAUCAAAAUAUGACGGGUCAAGAUAGUUGCAAUGAGUGUCCACCGGGAUAUUAUUGUAAUCCUGCAUUAGGUCCAGUCGUUAAUCCUUCACGAUGUCCCACUGGGUACUACUGCCCGAAGGGAACAACAUUGGCAAAGGCCUUUGCUUGCCCUAAAGGGACGUUUAACAAUAGAACAAGUGCGCAAGCUAUAGAGGAAUGUACCGAGUGCCCAGCAGGAAAGUUUUGUGGUCGGACUGGUUUGUCUGAACCUUCUGGCGACUGUUUUGCUGGUUAUUACUGCUUGAAGUCGUCUCAAUACCCAUAUCCGGUCAUGAACUUAACCGCACCAUCAAACUUCACGUUCAAAUAUUACAACGACAGAUGUCCACCAGGCUAUUAUUGUAAGAGUGGUACAACACAUCCCAAGAACUGUCCUGUUGGUACAUUUUCAACUAUGGGGGGUAUUGGUAAUUCAUCUCAAUGUCAAGCAUGUCCAGCGGGGCGAUAUUGCAGUUCCUCAGGUCCAGUAACAUCCAACGAGCCUCCAAAAUGCAGUGCUGGCUAUAUCUGUCUAGGCGGAUCAAGCACUCCUACACCGACUGAUAAUAUUGUUGGUUAUAUAUGCCCUCGUGGUUUCUACUGUGAAGAAGGUGCUCUCACAAAAAAAGCAUGUCCGCGUGGAACAUUCCAAAAAGAUCUUGGUCGAUCAAACUGCGACGUUUGCAACAAUGGUACCAUGUGUGAAGGCAACAACACCAUAUCUCCCCCUAAGUGUAAACUUGGUCAUUAUUGUCAAUCUGGUAUACCUGAACCAUGUCCUAGUGGUACUUAUGGGAAAGAGCCUGGUCUCAAAACUGCAUCAGAAUGUUCACCCUGUCCAACUGGCAAAUAUUGUCCUGGUUUGGCAAAUAUAGCGCCAAAUCUAACUUGUGCUGCAGGCUGGUUUUGCGAGAGCGGAGCAAAAAGUGCUACUCCAGAACGUGUAAAUACUUCUUCACUCCAUGGACCUUGCAAAGAAGGAUAUUACUGUGAAGAAGGAACAAAAGCCCCCACCAAAUGUCCUCCAGGAACAUUUCGCAAUACCACUGGAGCAAGAUCUAUAGGCGAAUGUCUGAAUUGUCGACGUGGGUAUUUCUGUAAAGGCUAUGGACUCAGAGAACCAAGCGGGAAAUGUUACAAAGGAUAUUACUGUCAAGGAGGUGUUGAGGAACCGUCUCAUCAGUGUACAGUUGGUCAUUAUUGCCCAGAAGGGAGCGCUGUCCCAGUACCAUGUCCUGCAGGUCAAUCUCAACCAGAAAAAGGUAAAUGGGAAUGUGAUAAAUGUCCUGCUGGGUAUUACUGUUUGAGCACGAAUUUUACCCACCAAAUUCCAUGUCCUGAACAUAAUUUCUGUCCGGCUGGCAGUUCGUUUCCGACGCUAUGUCCUCUUGGUACUUAUUCUAAGACGGUGAAACUUGUGAAUGAUAGUCAAUGUAAUAACUGUAUAACUGGAAGUUAUUGUAGAGCAGGAAGGAUAGUCGGUCCCUGUACAGCAGGAUAUUAUUGCAAGAGUCGAAGUCCUGAUCCCAACCCUUCCUUUCGAAAUUAUUCGUACCCAGUCGAGGCAGGACCCUGUGCUGUAGGGUAUUAUUGUCCAAAUGGUACAUUAAAUCCAGUACCAUGUCCCAACAAUACAUUGAAAGAUUAUCUUGGUGGUUAUGGAUUGGUAUCAGACUGUAAGCCUUGUCCUGCUGGAAAACAGUGCUUUGGAGGUAACGGCAAUGCAUUACCUUGUCCGACUGGUAGCUACUGUGAACAAGGGAGCAGUGGCCCACAGGAAUGUCCAUUGAAUACACACAGAGAUCUAAAAGAUGGUAGAAAUAUCAGUGAUUGUUUCCCCUGCCCUGCUGGAUAUUGGUGUAAUAUCACUGGAAUUGCAAGUGUCAGAGGGUACGAAUGCCCGAUCGGGUAUUUCUGCCUUGAAGGUCAAGGUCCUACCGCUUGCCCUGGAGGAAAAUUACGUAAUCAUGUGGGGGCAAAGAAUGCUACAGACUGUUCACCAUGCCCUGCUCGGUAUUACUGUCCUGACGGAAAGGCAAACGUCCAUGGCAUUUCAUGUCGUGCAACACGAUAUUGUCCAGAGGGCUCUGCUUUAGAGAGAUUAUGUCCCGGAGGGCAUUAUUGCCCGGCAAUGACUGGCGAUCCACUUAUUUGUCCAGCCGGUUAUUCCUGUCCUGCGAAUUCCUCUGGAAUAACUCUAUGUGAAUAUCCUCAUUACUGUCCAGAACGCUCCGAUCGACCACUACAGUGCCCUCUGGGAUAUUCUGCCGAACGUGUCGCUGGCAAUCGUACGUCGUUACAAGACACGUGUUCUAUCUGCCCUGAUGGUUUCUAUGGCAAUCAUCCAAUGCGUCAUAACUGUUCAAUAUGCCCUGCGGGCUAUUUCUGCCCUGCUGGCACUACUGGACCUCACGUUAACCCCUGUACUCAGGGAUAUUAUUGCCCCGAAAGGUCAGCUAGUCCUAAUCCAUGCCCGCCUGGCAUGUAUGGAAAUAAACACCGUGCAGUGAGCAGCUCUGACUGCUUACAAUGUCCUGAGAAUACGUUCAAUAACCGCUUGGGACAGUUAGCUUGUCGACCAUGUGGUAGCAGUGCAACUUCAGGUCGAGGCUCUCCAAUAUGUGAUUGUAUGGGGGAUUACAGAUCAUUCCAGGUGUCGGAUGGAUCAUGCCAGUGUUUAUCAGGAUAUGUUUAUUAUAACGAAGUGAACAGAGAAAAGGAAGAGGGAAAUAGUGACUUGUCUUGUCAACCCAAGGUUGACGAACGCUGUAAUAGUGGUGAAGUACGCAUGUCUCGUACUCGUGAUUGUGUUGAUCCAGAUAGUGUUUCGUGUAAACGAGCUUGUCCUCAAAGUGACAGAUCUUAUUUAGACGUUGACCGCGGUAGUUGUAUCUGUAGUUACGACGCUCCUGAUGAUAUCUGUGACAACGUCUGUAGCGAGAGGAAACCAAAGAUCACGAUCCAACGUAACAGCACAAGCAGUGCUCUCUAUCUUGUUAUGAAAUCAGUUGAUGGCGUGAAAGUUGAGGAAUUGGGCGAUGAUUAUGGUAUCGCAGAUUAUGAUAAUGAUAAACAUCAUACAGAGAUUGUUGGAAUGCAGUCAUCGGGCGUUGCUGGAGUGUUGAUUACCAACAUAACUCAGUCACCUUUAGAACCUGUUCAAAAUGUUCCAUCAGGACGUUCUCGUCGUAGUGUGACAAAUACCACCACAACCCCAAAUCCCACCAGUAACACUUCUCCUGCUUCAGUUCCUAAUCCUUUCAUAUGCAUUGAAAUAGGAAGCGCGAUUUUGUUUAGAGUCGAGGUUAAUGAAGAAAAUCGCUCAUUGAGUCAUUAUCCAAGGUACAAUAAAGAUCAUCUUUUCAACCAAAACGACAGAUUCGACUACGGCAAUUUCCGUCUGCUUCAUAGUUUAAUACGAGAUACAAACAAGUCGUUGUCAACGUUUGCUAACGUUUUCACCGAAGCUGGAGUAUUUGUUUUUUAUGACAACGGUGAACCACUUCGUGAGAUGAUUGUUAAGGUGACGGUACAAGGUGAAAAAUGCAGUGAAAAGUUCAACAAUCAACUUCUUCCAGCAAGUUCCAUUACUCUCACACAAUAUCGGGUGGCAAAAUCUGAACCAGAAAAUCUCGCUCCAAACUGGUUGAUUAUUUAUGGUCUAACUGCUUUUAUGUUGAUCUGUGUUAUCAUGUUGGUGAUCGCAACCAUGAUAUGGAGACCUAGAAACUUUGGGCAAUACUCCUUCAGAGCAGUGCGUCCAAAGUAUAAAAGUCUUGGUGCCCCAAUCCCGGUUGUUCCCAUCCCUGGUGUUGAUGAUAUUCCUAGUGAUCUUGGCCCAAGGGGUGUAGCUGAGGGCGCGCCAUCUUUACAGACAGAGAGUGUUAAAUUUGAACUGGAAAAUUUCAACGUUCGUACUUUGUAUGAUAAACUUGAAGAUCAAACAUUACACGUGACCUCACAACUCGCACGUCAUCAAGCAGAUCUAAGAGGAUUUUAUGAACGUAUAAGCCAACAAGCUGAGAACCUGAAGCAAAUGUUGAAUAAUAUGGAUGUUACAGCUUUGAUUGAGGCGACCCGAGAGGCAGCAAGUCAGAAUGUUGAUACACCGCAGGGUAGUUCAGGAACAGAUGAAGAAGAUAAAAUGAAAACCAAAGAAAUUUUCCUUGGAGGUGGGAAUAGAGAGGAAGAGUUGAUGAAAACAUUACAACUUCUUGUUGAUAAAAUUGAAAUCGGGGGACAUGCAAUGCCACACGGAGAACAAGGUCAAGGUUUUCCAAGUGAGUCUGUUUAUCCAGCAGUUUGCCCAACAAGGACUGAAAUUAAACAAACGGAACAUCUCGUGACAUUAAGUGAUACACGAGACACUGCAGGUAUUUCUCAGGGGAUUGGACUGUCUAAGAACUCUGGUGUAUGGAAUAUUGUCAAGAGACUUAACGAUGAAAGAAUCAAGGUAGAUCAUGAAUUACGAGAGGAAGAGGAGGCUGAAAUAAGAAGUUUACUGAACAAACAGGAGGAACGUCGUAAUGAGGUCAUCAGCCUGAAGGCAGAAGAGUUAGCUGAAAAAUUAUCAGGAUGUGCAAGCGAGGAUGAAAUGAGAGCAAUUAUGAACGCGCACGAUGAAGAACUACGACGCUUGGAACACAACCUUGCAGCAGAAAAAGAACAACAGAUGAAUAACUUGAAGGAAAGAUUGCGAAAGAAACGACAGGAAAGAGAAGCGGCAUUAUUAAAGAAGCAGAUGAAGGAGGCUGAGGAUCACGAUAUUACACUGAAGGAAAAUGAAUUACGAGACUUCACAACAGAUGGUGUUCUUCAGUUGGAAACUGCUGUAUUAUCUACCAUCACUCACGAGGAGACACGUGACCUGGCAAAUGCUGAAGAGAAAGCUGAAGAAGAUAGGACGAAUUCGUUAACGCGACAGAUUGGAGACUCGUUUUGCGAUAUUGUGGAGAACAUCAGUAGCAGUGGUGCAAUAAGUAGUGCUGAAGCUGAGGAAUAUCUUCGUGAACAUAUGAGGAUGGAAGGAGAUUUAGAAAGACAGAGACAAGAGAAGAAACAGUUGCAAAUAGCAGCAGUGAAUGAAAAACUAGAACAAAGGAGAAAGGAGAGAUUAAGAAAGUUAAAAGAAAAACAAGAGUUGGAACGUGCCCAAGCUGUAGAGCAGGAACUGGACUUGGUGGAAAUGGAAAAGCGCCAUGGAUUCGAACGAGAGGAGUUAGAAGCUGAAUAUGAAACUGAAAAAGCACAGCAUAUUGUGGAAAUAAAGAAACGUGUUAACAAAGAACACGAACAUGACGUGAAGAAGAAAUAUAAAGAUUUAUUGGAGAAGGUUGGUCGUGAGCAAGAUAUUGAUCCCAUGUUGCAACAGCAGAUUUUGGAUCAACUACGUCGUGAUAAUGAGAAUGCCAUGGAAAGUCUUGCAAAGCAGAAAGCAGCAGCUAUGCAAGCAACAAAGGAUAAAAUAGCAGCACGUAAAGCGCGACGAGAAGCAGAAGCCAGACGUUUGGCAGAUGAAACAGCAGCACGACUUAUUUUGGAAGAACAAAGUAAAUCGGUUGUUACAAAGCAAGAAUUAACUGCUGAGAGUAUAACCAUACCUGAUGUCCCUCUACCAACUGAAUCAAUGGAAGAGAAGGCGGUAAAACGUGAACAACUACGUGCCUUGGAGGAGAUGAAAGAUCGCCAUGAAAAAGAAGAGAGUAAAUUAAAGAAAAAUUUGGAGAUUGAAGCACGUCAAGCGGAAACAGAUGAAGAAGCUGCGUUUAAAUCUGAGAAAGAAAAACAAGUAUUUGAACUUCAACAAAGACAAGCAGCUGAUAGACAGGCACGACAGGAUCUUCAUCCUGCUGAAAUGGAAAGACUGAUGAAUGCACACCAGCAAGAAAUUGAAAACUUGAUUGAGAACAUGGAGAACGAUCGAACACGGCAACAGGACAACCUGAAACGUAGACUACAAGAACGAAGACGACAACGUAUGGAUGCUCUACAACGAAAACAUGAACGAGAAGAAGCAAGAGAGGUUUUAGAACAACAAAAAGAACUUAAAGAUGUGCGAGCAAGCAAUGUCAAAGCUGCUGAGAAAGACGUGAUUCUUCAAGCCAUUCGAGACAACGGUGCUGAUUCCAGUGAACUAGUGAUUCGCAAGAUUUUGGAAAAACGUCAUGAACAAGAGAUGAAAGAUCUUGAUAAAACAUUCCAAGAAGAACGACGUGUUGGUAUUGAUGAGUCUCUUGCGAAGUUGGAAGAUGAACAUGCUUCGCAAAUGGAAAAAAUGCGUAAGACACAUGGCGAAAAACUGAAAUUGUUGGAGAAUGAAAAUUUAUCACCAGAAGAGUUCCAGCAACGUAAAGCUCAGCUGCUUAAUAAACAACAACUAGAAUUGAGCGCCUUGGAACGGAAACAUAGUGAGGAAAUGAGAAGAUUAAAAACUACUGCCACCGCUGAUUGGGAAGUUCGGUAUGCACGUGCGAAACUUGAAUUAAGGGAAAAGCAUUACCAGGAAUAUGCAGACGCUUUGAGUGAACUUUCCCCCGAGCAGUCAGAAGCUCAUAAAAAAUCUGUAGAGAAAGCUUUGCAGGCUGCGCGUGAGUUGGACGAAAUCAAGAAAAAACUUGAGGACGAAAAACGAAUUAACGAUGAAAGGCAGAGACAGGAAAAUGAAGAUUUUGAAAGGGAGCAGAAACGGCGCAUGGAAGGGGAACUCAAUCAGUUUGAACUGGAUUUACAGAAAGAUGACGAACAGGAAAGAAAAAAGAAUGAAAAAAUGAUGCUGUCGUUGAAUGCAAGAAAAGAAGAUCUACUAAAAGAAAGGAAAAUGAAAGCAAAACAACAAAUCGCAAAGAUGAGUCAACAAGGUGCAAGUAAAGGUGAAAAAGACGCAUUACUUAAAGAACAUAGUGAGGAUUUAGCAAGACUAAUGAAUAAACUAGACGCUGACAGAAUGAGAAUGCAGAGUUCACUGGAAGAAAGAUUGAAAAGAAAACGACAAGAAAAACGAAAAGAGAAAAUGAAGGAACUGGAAAGAACAGCGGAAGAAGAAAAGGUGGAACACGAGGGUAAACAACAUGCUGAAACAGAACGUUUACAAGCCAAUGAGGUUUUGCAGUUGAAGGAAAGUAUCCAGGUUGAUGAUUUAGUCGCUGUUGCUGGACAAGCUGAAAUUCAAACAUCGGCAUCCAGUCAGCCUGAAUUACCUGUAACAUAUCGCAUGGCUGCGCCACUAUCAGAAAGCCAGAUAACGUCAUUACUCCUUCAGUCGCCAUUGUAUCAGAAGCUUGAGAACAUCAAGAAUUUAAUCAAUGAAAAUAACGGAGGAAAGUCUUCUUCGACAGAAGGUGCCGGUUACACAGACAUCAAGGAUGAUACCUUGUGGUCAUCGGACGAAACCCUCGUUCCAGUCGAUCUUAAUAAGAUACCUAGUCGGUCAUUUGUUGUUUAUAAAUUUGGUUGUUUCAUAGUUGACCUUCUAACAAUCCAUUGUCAACAUUCCCCGGUGACUUUAUUGUUGGCUGAUAAACUUCCUCCGAAUCCCCAACUGGCUCGAAAUGCUUAUCGAAACUCAUUUUAUUUCGAUUCCAACAACCAAAUUUUGUACAUGCGCAAGGAACGUUUGGAGAAUGUCGGUGAGUUUGUCUUGGUGUUAAUUCACUGUCUUGCUCACUUGAAAGCUCAAGAUCUUCGUGAUGACACGGAACCGUCGUUCGUGAAAGAAUUCCAUCGUGGUUUGGCGAUUGUUUGUGACGAUCUCUUCUUCGCUCGUUAUCGUCGUUCAUGUGUUCCUUCCGCAUCUCAAAAUGAUGAUCUCGCGAAGGUGGCUGAGCUACUGGAUAGUAAUAUCAAAGGCACAGAAGAUAGUCCAGUAAAUGGCGAUGUCGUAGGUGAUUUGCUAGAUGUAAAACUUCUUCGUGGUUCGUCAAAGGAUGGCGUGCAUUUCUCACGAGACGGUUUGGUUGAACGAUUAUCCAAAUACAGCAAUUUUGCAUUAAGUAAUAAGAUUCAGGAUCUUCUCGGAAACGUUAAUGAUAAAUCUGAGCAGGCUCAGAUUCAAGGUACUGAUAUCUACAUUGAAGAACGUCUUCGUGAACUCGAAGGUUCUGUCCGCCCUGUCACACGUUUUGCACAGUCACGUGGAAAUCUUGUUUCACGUGAUACUGCUAGAGAGUUUUCGCGUGGCAUGGCUGUCUCAAGAUCAUCAACGGCCUAUCCCGGAUCAAGAAAACGGUCAACUGCCGAUGGCCGCCCGAGUGGUGGUGAAGAUCUUCACAAAUCAUUUAUUGAGGUUCAAGUGCGUGACAUUCAAGAAAAAGUUGACAAUUUGAAUGAAGAAUUUUCAGAGAUUACCGUCGAAUUGUUGGAACAAAAGAACAAUGUUGAGGAAUUAGAAACAGAGGUGCUUGCAAAGACGGACGCUCUCAAGACGCUGGCUCAAGGAUCUCAUGAAUAUAUCCAGCAACAAGAACUUUUGUAUCAGACUUCUGUUACCUUGACAACAAAGAAGAAUUUAGCGGAAGCCUUGGAGUUGAAGAAACGAUCGUGUGUUCAGCGCUUGGAACUCUUUCAAAAUCAACUGAGAGGGAAAACUGUGCAACUGGCGCAAUAUGAACAAAAACAACAAACGACUACAAAGAAAGAUUCUACGCGUAAGAAGUCUAAGAAUUGACGUUAAAAACGAAACUUUAUGAUUAAUUUAAUGUAUUUGUGCGCUUUAUAAUAUAGUUAUUUAUAGUAUUUACUGCAUGAAAAAUUUCGCAUUUCUUCAAGCAUACUUCUUUUCUUUUUUCAUCUUUUAAAUUUUUCUAAAACUGACCGGAUCAGUUAUAUAGAUUGACGUAUAAUCACUUAGAAAAGGAACAAGUAUUUAUUUGUAUUAAGCACAAUACUUUAUAGUUUAUAAUGAUUAAUUAUUUCAAUUGCACUGUGCUGGUUGUAUUGAUAUAUGCAUGAAAUCACCUGUAUCUUAAGGCUGUAUAUAUUCACCUGUGUAAUAUUUUAUGCAUAACAUAAACUGUCCUGUCAAUGU